AGUAGUAGAAGUGUUUACAAUUUGAGUCAGCUGACUUCCUUUCACCUGACUGAUAAUAACUUGUAAUAUGUUUCUGCAUGUAGUCUGUACCGUGUUUCUGGCUUCUUCACUCUGACUGAAAUCCUUAAAUCAGCACAAUAUCCAGUUUAGAGGAUGCUACAUUAGCAGUUUGUUUAGCUAGCGGCUGCUCUACAGAGGCAAAUAUCAGGGUUUAAUUUCCAAAGCAACGUUCAGAAGACUUUCUAAUGAUGGAGAAGAUUGCUAAAGAUGUUGGUGACAUCCAGUCCAGACUGUUGGACCACAGGCCUGUUAUCAGUGCAGAAGUUCGCUACUUUGUCAGAGAGUUUGAGGAGAAGCGAGGCCUGAGGGAGACUCGGCUUUUGGAGAACUUGAAUAAAACGGUGCAGGAGACAAACGAGCAAAUGGUGCCCGCUAAUUUACAGGAAAUGAGCCAGAAACUAUCUGACAUCAGUAAGCGCUGUAAAGGACUGGAGUUUCUGAAGGAGCAGCAGAGGCUAAAGGAAGAGGUGGAUGAGGAGCACGCUAAGGCUGUUGGAGAAAUCAGCACUCGCUUUAGUGAAAAGAAGAAGGACUUGGCACAAUUUUCUCUCUGAUCGCUUUUCUAUUGUAUCAACACUUUAUUAAACAAAUGGCAACCAGUUCAGCAAACUUGCUUUUUUAUCUAAUUGUAAAAUGUAUUGUAUUCCCUAUGUCAAAACUUUAAUUUUGUG